GGUGCAGGGGAGGCGUGGAUCUUGCUCACUUUUGACAUUCUCGUUGCUGUAGUAGCUUCUCCUCAAGGCAGGACUCAGAUGACACCACCCCGCAACCGACCGGGGGAGAAACAAGGGAAGCGCUCUCUCUCUUUUCUCUGUGGAUGAACUAUGUUUUGACACCAGGACGUGUUUAGAAGUUCAUCAGAUGAUUCCGGGCACCGGAGAGCUUUUCGUGUCUUCACAAUAGCAGCAGGAAUACUUUAGAAAAGUUCAUCACAGACUCUCGCACACACGGAGCUCCGGGGGCGGAAUGUGAAAACCCCAUUUUGGCGCAUGUUCUUCUCCAUUGUGAGCAGCCUUCUCCUGCUUUCUGUGCGGUUGGAAAGCGGGGGAGGAGGAGGAGGGACGGCUUUUCCCGACUCGAUCCCUUGCCUAUGGACGACGGCGGUCCCCUCUCUCCAAAGGCAAAUGCUUUCAGUAUUGCCUCUCUGAUUUCGGCUGCAGAACAAGCAGGAAACGCAGCGUUUGACAAACAGAGCACCGGCCUGGACAAGCCAGACCUGCACAACCACAGUUCCUUUAAAAUGCACUACAGCACUGUCACCCGGGAAAUGGAAGCCAUAUCCAGUCCGUGGCUGACGCAGCUGUCCCAUUUUUGCGAUGUUGCAGCCUUCACUACGAGCAGCCUGAGCAGCCUCAACACGCCGGGGGGCUACCACCUCUCUCCGUCCCCCGGGGACCCCUACAGCCAACAUGAGUCCCACUUCGAGCCCUGCCCGGCCGCCCAGCACAACUACAACUACCCGGGGUCUAACCCUGGCCAGGCCCCGCCGAGCGACAACGGGACUCCCAACUGCUCGUCCUCGUCCUCCAACUCCACACCGAACAGCAAAAGUAUCGUGAAGAAGAACCCCAAAGUGGCCAACAUAAACGUCCAGCUGGAGAUGAAAGCUUUAUGGGAUGAGUUUAAUCAGCUGGGGACGGAGAUGAUCGUUACGAAGGCUGGCAGGAGAAUGUUUCCAACGUUCCAAGUGAAAAUAUUUGGGAUGGAUCCCAUGUCAGACUACAUGCUCCUGAUGGACUUCCAGCCUGUAGACGACAAACGUUACAGGUAUGCCUUCCACAGUUCCUCGUGGCUGGUUGCCGGUAAGGCGGACCCGGCCACACCGGGCAGGGUGCACUACCACCCGGACUCUCCGGCCAAAGGCGCGCAGUGGAUGAAGCAGAUCGUCUCUUUCGAUAAACUCAAACUCACCAACAACCUGCUGGAUGACAACGGCCAUAUCAUUCUGAACUCUAUGCACCGCUACCAGCCCAGGUUUCACGUGGUCUAUGUGGACCCCCGCAAAGACAGUGAGAAAUACGCAGAGGAGAAUUACAAAACCUUUGUUUUUGAGGAAACCCGUUUCACAGCAGUCACAGCAUACCAGAACCACCGGAUCACACAGCUGAAGAUAGCCAGCAACCCCUUCGCAAAGGGCUUCAGGGACUGUGACCCAGAGGACUGGCCCAGGAAUCACAGGCCAGGCUCUCUGCCAAUAAUGAGUGCCUUUGCCAGAACAAGAAACCCAAUGUCAUCUCCUCCGCAGCAGAACGGCUCAGAGAAAGAAGACAGCAGGCGGGAGUACGAGCGAGACCCCAGUGGCACGCCCAUACACGCCGACCCAGCUCACCAGCUGAUGUCCCGGGUCCUCAGCCCCGCCUUGCCUGUCCCAGGAGGCCUCCACGCCGUCCCGUUAACCAGUGGCCGACCCAGCCCUCCUCACGACCUUCGUUCGGACCCCCACGCUCUAGCACAGGAUACCCUGCACCACCAUCCUUACAAGUACCCCACCACCUAUGAACACUACCUGGGAGCAAAGACCCGGCCGUCGCCCUAUCCUUUACCCAGUAUCAGAGGACACACGUACCACCAUCACAUGAACCCCGCCACAGCUAACAUGUACUCUGCCACCAGUGGCCCCUCUAACUAUGACUACGGGCCCAGAUAAUGAAGGCUCUCCAGUAGGGCUAAUGGCGCACAGCACUCUGGGAAAUGGAAAAAGGCAGGGAAGGCAACACAGUCCUGCCUAUACAGAUGGCUUAUGCAAUCUGCGGGAUGCGUGCAGCAGGCUGAGACUCCUUUUUGCUGGAUAAACCCUGCCGUAUUUAUUUAAAGGAAAUCUCUGCGUUAAGCGAGGCCACCUGCUCCGAGGUCUGUUUGACCUUUGAACCCAAAUGGCAAAAGUUCCACACCAGGAAUUCCUUUACCUGAGCGGUGCAGACAUUGAGCCAGCAAACAGAAGAGAAAAUGAGGGACGGACUUAACUUUUGUUCACAGACUGGAAUUGAAUUAUUUUUUUGUGUUGAAUGCACUUUUUGAUUUGCCUUGUUUUUAAUGCUUUCAAAAAAGCCAUAUGUUAUAUAGUCCAUCAACCUUCUAGGUAGACGAGAUGUUUGCAUGUUGAGCUCAUCAGAGAGGGUGUCGAAACACAUCGAAAUGUUUUUGUUUGAGGAAAAAUAAAUACUAGAUUUGAUUUUGAAACUUCAUGAACAUCAUGAGCCGCUCUAAGAAGCUUGUACCAUGGCACUGACUUGCAGCAAUUCAAAGUAAAUAAAUGAAGCAGACUGAC